AUCAAAGAUGGGCCAAUGUGUUCCUUUUUUCCCUUAAAAAACAAUUUCUGUUGCUCUUAUUCUAUUCAAUUUCUAAAGAUUGUCAGCACUUUUCAAAGGCAUAAAACAAUUGAUAUUUUUGCCGGCAAGAUCCGAUCUUACCGGAUUUGAAAGGAGUGGAGAUGAUCGUGUGGUGAAGGAUUAGAGGGGGAAAACUGGGGAAAAUGAGCCUUGGUGCUGCUGAGGGAGAAUCAACAGCGGAAGAAAUCCACAUUCCUGCAGAUAUAGAAUGGCAAAUGUUGGAUAAAUCCAAGUUCUUCUUCCUUGGGGCAGCCUUAUUCUCGGGUGUCUCGGCUGCGUUGUACCCGAUGGUGGUGCUGAAAACGCGGCAGCAGGUUUCUCAGUCGCGUGUUUCUUGUGUUAGGACUGGGGUUUGGAUAAUGAGGUAUGAAGGGAUCCGUGGAUUGUAUAGGGGAUUUGGGACUUCCUUGACCGGGACUAUCCCUGCCCGAGCUCUAUACAUGGCUGCGCUUGAGGUUACUAAGAGUAAUGUAGGAACCACUGCGACUAGGCUUGGAUUGCCUGAGCCUAGUGCGGCUGCUGUGGCCAAUGCGGCAGCUGGAGUGAGCGCUGCCGUGGCUGCGCAGGUGGUGUGGACGCCCGUUGAUGUGAUCAGCCAGAGGCUGAUGGCACAGGGCGGUGGCAGUGGUGGUGGUGGUGUUAAAUACGCUAAUGGGGUGGAUGCGUUCGGGAAGAUUUUGAGGGCAGAUGGGAUCAGAGGAUUGUAUAGAGGGUUUGGGAUCUCGAUCUUGACCUAUGCACCGAGCAAUGCUGUUUGGUGGGCGUCUUACUCCAUGGCGCAGAGGGUGGUUUGGAGUGGGGUGGGGUGUUUGCUGUGCAGGAACGGGGAGGAGAGGGUCGAGAAUGGGGGGCUGAGGCCGGAUGCCAAGGCUGUGAUGGCGGUGCAGGGGGUGAGCGCUGCCAUGGCUGGAGGGGUGUCGGCCCUGAUCACGAUGCCGUUUGACACGAUCAAGACGCGCCUGCAGGUGUUGGACGGGGAGGACAACAACGGGAGGAAGGGGCCGAGCUUUGGGCAGACGGUGAGGAACCUGGUGAGGGAGGGUGGAUGGACUGCCUGUUACAGAGGGUUAGGGCCGAGGUGCGCGUCCAUGUCCGUCUCUGCAACGACGAUGAUCACCACCUACGAGUUCUUGAAACGCCUCUCGGCUAAGAAUCAAGAAGCUCUAACAUGAUGAAAGAAAACACACACGAAAAAAUCAAGUAUUCUCUGAUGAUUUUGGUUUCACUCUAACCUUUCGGUCUUUUUUCUAUAGCUUGUAAAUACCUACUUUUGUUUAAGUCGUCUCCAAAGAUAAGACGACUAAGCUUAGAACCUUUCCUUUGUAAGAUAUCACGAAGUUCAGUUCAUCAUUAGUGAAAUUUAAACUCAUAACCA